CAAGCUAUUGGCGACGCUUCUCAGUGUCUCUCCGACGGGGAAUCAAACCCUAUUCUGAUCUAAAUUCACUGUCUUCUUACGAAGAAUCACGAAUUCCGGUGAAGAAGAUGACGGAGGAGAUCAAAUUCAGUGUUCUAGUGUCUCUCUUCAACUGGAUUCAGAAGAGCAAAACCUCUUCUCAGAAACGCUCUAAGUUCCGAAAGUUUCUAGACACGUACUGCAAACCCUCCGACUACUUCGUCGCUGUCCGCCUCAUUAUACCGGCGCUUGACCGAGAACGCGGUAGCUACGGUCUCAAGGAAUCGGUGCUCGCCACGUGUCUCAUCGAUGCCCUCGGCGUCUCUCGCGAUGCUCCCGACGCCGUUCGUCUUCUCAAUUGGCGCAAGGGUGGAACCGCUAAGGCUGGGGCCAACGCCGGAAACUUUUCCCUAAUUGCCGCUGAGGUACUCCAACGUAGGCAAGGAAUGGCUUCGGGUGGGUUGACUAUUAAGGAAUUGAAUGAUUUGCUUGAUCGUUUAGCUUCGAGUGAGAACAGAGCAGAAAAAACUUCUCUUCUUUCCACUCUGAUUCAGAAGACGAAUGCACAGGAAAUGAAGUGGGUAAUUAGGAUCAUUCUUAAAGAUUUGAAAUUGGGAAUGAGCGAGAAGAGCAUUUUUCAGGAGUUCCAUCCAGAUGCUGAGGACUUGUUUAAUGUCACAUGUGACUUGAAACUAGUCUGUGAAAAGCUGAGGGAUCGACACCAGCGGCACAAGCGCCAGGAUAUAGAGGUUGGAAAAGCCGUACGACCCCAGUUAGCUAUGCGCAGCGGUGAUGUAAAUGCUGCUUGGAAGAAGCUACACGGGAAAGAUGUUGUUGCUGAAUGCAAAUUUGAUGGGGAUCGCAUACAAAUACACAAAAAUGGGACUGAGAUACAUUACUUCUCUAGGAACUUCCUUGACCAUUCUGAAUAUGCACAUGCUAUGUCGGAUCUUAUCGUACAAAACAUAUUGGCUGACAAGUGUAUACUUGAUGGUGAAAUGUUGGUCUGGGAUACAUCUCUUAAUCGGUUUGCUGAGUUUGGUUCGAACCAGGAAAUAGCCAAGGCAGCAAGGGAAGGUCUUGACAGCCAUAGACAGUUAUGUUAUGUUGCCUUUGAUGUUCUUUAUGUUGGAGAUACUAGCGUCAUCCACCAGAGUUUAAAGGAACGACAUGAACUCCUGAGGAAAGUUGUUAAGCCUUUAAAAGGUCGACUUGAAGUUUUAGUACCUGAAGGUGGUCUCAACGUUCAUCGUCCUUCAGGGGAACCUAGUUGGUCUAUUGUUGCUCAUUCUGCAGCUGAUGUUGAGCGAUUUUUCAAAGAAACAGUGGAAAACAGAGAUGAAGGAGUUGUACUUAAAGACCUGGGAUCUAAAUGGGAACCUGGAGAUCGUAGUGGCAAGUGGAUGAAGUUGAAGCCUGAAUACAUUCGGGCUGGUUCUGAUCUAGAUGUUCUUAUAAUAGGAGGAUACUAUGGCUCUGGGCGUCGAGGAGGGGAGGUAGCACAGUUUCUCGUCGCAUUGGCUGACCGGGCAGAGGCGAAUGUGUAUCCCAGGCGAUUUAUGUCUUUUUGUAGAGUUGGCACAGGACUUUCUGAUGAUGAGCUUGACACUGUUGUAAGCAAACUGAAGCCUUAUUUCAAAAAAAAUGAACACCCAAAGAAGGCUCCACCAAGCUUUUAUCAGGUCACAAAUCACUCAAAAGAGAGACCGGACGUUUGGAUUGAAAGCCCGGAAAAAUCAAUAAUACUUUCCAUCACCAGUGACAUUAGGACAAUAAGGUCUGAGGUGUUUGUUGCACCUUACAGCCUGAGGUUUCCUCGUAUUGAUAAAGUAAGAUAUGACAAACCUUGGCAUGAAUGUCUCGAUGUGCAGGCUUUUGUGGAAUUGGUGAACUCGAGUAACGGCACCACACAGAAACAGAAGGAAUCUGAAAACACACAGGACAAUCCGAAAGCCAUUAAAUCCUCCAGGAGAGGAGAGAAAAAGAAUGUCUCUCUUGUCCCCUCUCAGUUUACUCAAACCGAUGUAUCGGAUAUUAAGGGCAAGACCUCAAUCUUCUCAAAUAUGAUAUUUUAUUUUGUUAACCUGCCUCGGUCCCAUUCGCUUGAUACUUUCCACAAAAUGGUGGUUGAGAAUGGAGGGAAGUUCUCAAUGAACUUAAACAAUUCAGUGACUCAUUGCAUUGCAGCGGAAAGCAGUGGAAUAAAGUAUCAGGCAUCAAAGCGUCAGCGAGAUGUCAUCCACUUUUCAUGGUUCUUAGAUUGUUGUUCACGAAAUAAUCUGCUGCCUUUGCAGCCAAAGUACUUCCUCCAUCUCACUGAUGCUUCAAGGACCAAAUUACAGGAUGAAAUUGAUGAAUUUUCCGAUUCUUAUUUCUGGGAUUUAGACCUUGAAGGUCUCAAACAGGUCUUAAGCAAUGCCAAGCAAUCAGAAGACUCAAAAUCCAUUGAAUACUACAAGAAAAAGUUAUGUCCAGAGAAAAGAUGGUCCUGCUUCUUCGGCUGCUGCAUUUACUUUCACCCGUAUAGUCAAACAUUGAGCACUGAAGAAGAAGCCCUGUUGGGAAUUAUGGCUAAGAGAUUAGCGCUUGAAGUCUUAAUGAGUGGUGGUAAAGUUAGCAAUAAUCUUACUCAUGCGUCACACCUUGUAGUCCUUGCUAUAGCAGAAGACUCUUUGGAUUUUACUUCAGUUUCAAAAAGUAGUUUCAGCGAAAUGGAGAAACGUCGUUUGUUGAAGAGAGGGCUGCAUGUUGUUAGCGCGCACUGGUUAGAGGAUAGCUUGCAAAGAGAGCAAAAACUGUGUGAGGACGUCUACACUCUGAGGCCAAAGCAUAUGGAAGAGUCUGAUACUGAAGAAUCAGAUAAUUCCGAACAUGAUACAACGGAGGAAGCUUCCUGUGGUAAUGCUCAAACCGAAGAGCCAGCUUCCUCUAAAACGGUUAGAGGACGGUCAAAUGCUCGAGCUAGUAGUAAAAGGGGAAGGUCUUCUACAAACUCACUGCAACGAGUACAGAGACGCAGAGGCAAGCAGCCUUCUAAGAUAGGCGGAGAUGAAACUGAGGAGGGUGAUACUUCUGAAGAAAAGGUUUCAACAAGACUCAGUGAUAUAGCAGAAGGCACAGAUUCGUUAGGUGAGGCUCAAAGAAACUCUAGGAGAGGAAAAUCUGCAAAGAGAGGAAAGUCUCGUGUGGGACAAACCCAGAGAGUACAGAGAUCACGAAGAGGCAAGAAGCCUUCGAAGAUAGGGGGAGAUGAGUCUGAGGAAGAUGAUGAUUUUGAUGACAGAAAACAUGAGUAUGCAGAAGCGGAAGAGAGUAAUGCAGCUGGUAGAUCAGUGGAAGACAACAAUGAAGAAACCCGAGAGCCUGACGUAGCAAAGUACACAGAAUCACUGCAAAGAGACAACACAGUAGCAGUUGAAGAGGCCUCACAAGAUUCUAGAAAUGCAAAUACUGAGAUGGAUACGAAGGAGAAGCUACAAAUGCACGAGGAUCCAGUACAAGCUAUGUUGAUGGACAUGAUACCGAGCCUCAGUCUGAAAAACACAGAGACGUCAAACCGAACCACCGGGGAAAGUAGUAGAUUGGCUAAUGUUUCUGGUGAAUGCGAGUCUUCAGAGAAAAGAAAACUCGACGGCGAGACUGAUGCUACUUCUGUGAACGCAGAGGAAGAUGCAGACGCAAUUCCUCCUCCUGUAAAGAAAAAGAAAGUCAGCUACCGAGAUAUUGCAGGAGACUUGCUUAAAGACUGGUAAAAACGCUGCCGUUUCAGACCAGGUAGCGAAACUCUGAAGUCUGAACUCCUUCAUGUACAUAUAUGUUGUGCAACUCUAAAAUUCUCUGUAUUGUCUCCUUUUGUUCCUAAAUUAUUUUGUGCGCUGCGCUAUCGAAGAGUUUUCUUU